GGGGGGGGGGGGGGGAUUGGAUUGCUUGUUGAAUGUUCAACAACAGGCAAGGGGCAACAGUUAUAUUCCUAUUUGUGAUUUGCUAUUAAAGUUUCUCUUCUCUUCUCUGCUCCCCAUUACAACAAACCACCAAAGUGUCAUCAUUUAAGCCUCAUCUUUCUCUCCACCUUUUGAUGUUUUAGGUUGUGCCGUUGAGGUAGAUGGGCCCUGAACUCCACUGAUACAUUUUAAUGGGACUCUUUCUUCUCUUUCAGUGCUCUCUUUGCCCCCAUUUUUUGUCCUGUCUCGCAUCUUAUGUUUUCUUUUCCUUUCCCUUUCCUCUUUUGAGUUCUUAAUACCAAAAAGAUAAGAUUCUGGGGUUUCUGUUUUCUCCAUUUUGAGUCCAUGGCAAGUCGUUUUAUGGGGUUUCUGUAUUUGGGUUUUUGAUUUCACGCAUGGGUUUUGGAGAUUACCUGUUUAAAAUGUUGGAUUUGGAUGGUAUUCAAAAAUUUUGACUGAUUCUGGUUUUUGAGCCCGACCUCCCCCUUCAUAUUGCAAAUUCCCCUUUUUUUUUUCUUUUGAUAGAUUGCUGAGGUGUUUGAUCGUUAAGCUUUAGGUGUGUUUAUAUUUAAGAUUUUCAUUCAAGCUGUGGAUUUUGGAAAGAUUAAAAGUUAGCCCCUUUUGAUUUUGGUUCAUAAGAAACGAUUCCUUAAUCUGUAUAGAUCUCUGAGAUGGUUGUUUUGAAAAUGGAAAAUCUUUGAAGGGAAAUGAUGACGAUAGUGAAACUUGUUUAUUUGUAGUUGAUGUUUUGUUGGGUGGAAGAAUGAUGAUUGAGAGAUAGGACUUGAUUCUGGAGGUUGGGUUGUGGGUGAAUUUGGUGUUGGCUAGUUGUUGUUGAACCAGGAAAGCAUGGAUAGAAUGAUUCAACCUCCAUUGGUUGAUACAACAGCUUGUUUAUGUAGAGUGGAUGCUGGACUCAAAACUGUUGCUGGAGCCAAAAGAUAUGUACCUGGUACAAAGUUGUGUCUCCAACCUGAUAUUAAACCAUCCAUUCAUCCGACAAGGAGCAAGGCAACACGUGGUGAUAGGAGCCGUAACCAGUCUCCUCUGCUUCCUGGACUCCCUGAUGAUCUUGCUAUUGCUUGCCUAAUACGUGUCCCACGGGUUGAGCACAGAAAGCUCCGCCUGGUCUGCAAAAGAUGGUAUAGACUUUUGUCUGGUAACUUCUUUUAUUCACUCCGUAAGAGCCUUGGAAUUGCUGAAGAAUGGAUAUACGUAAUUAAGAGAGAUCGGGAUGGAAAAAUUUCUUGGCAUGCCUUUGAUCCUGUAUACCAGCUCUGGCAGCCACUCCCUCCUGUCCCUAAGGAGUAUUCUGAAGCCCUUGGCUUUGGAUGUGCUGUCCUCAGUGGUUGCCACCUUUAUCUAUUCGGUGGUAAGGAUCCAUUAAAAGGAUCAAUGCGACGAGUCAUAUUUUAUAGUGCUAGGACAAACAAAUGGCACCGUGCCCCAGAUAUGCUUCGUCGAAGACAUUUCUUUGGUUCGUGUGUUAUAAACAAUUGCUUGUAUGUUGCUGGUGGAGAGAAUGAAGGGGUACAUCGAUCAUUGAGGUCCGCCGAAGUCUAUGAUCCCAACAAGAAUAGAUGGUCAUAUAUUUCAGAUAUGAGCACGGCAAUGGUGCCCUUCAUUGGGGUUGUAUACGAGGGGAAGUGGUUCUUGAAGGGCCUUGGACCUCACCAACAGGUAAUGAGUGAGGUCUACCAGCCUGAAACCGAUAAUUGGUACCCUGUCUAUAACGGAAUGGUUGCAGGCUGGCGGAACCCAUGUACUUCCUUAAACGGCCAUCUUUAUGCUUUGGAGUGCAAGGAUGGUUGUAAGCUAAGGGUUUAUGAUGAAGUGACUGAUUCUUGGGGAAAGCAUAUCGAUAGUAGGAUUCAUCUGGGCAAUUCUCGAGCUUUAGAAGCAGCAGCUCUUGUUCCACUUAACGGGAAACUCUGCAUCAUUCGGAAUAAUAUGAGUGUAUCUUUGGUCGAUGUUACAAAAUCCGACGAUCUGAGGGGAGCUACAGCUGAACAUUUAUGGGAAACCAUAGCAGGGAAGGGUCAGUUCAAGACCUUGUUUACAAAUCUUUGGUCUAGCCUUGCUGGGCGGAACCGGCUGAAAAGCCACAUUGUUCACUGCCAGGUUCUCCAAGCUUGAUUGUAAAUUUUGUUUUCCAAUAUAGGGUUGGGCUCUGUAGUUGAAGCCUCUUGGUAUCUCUUGGAAUGUGAUGGGGUUGAAGAUCCAGCAGCAUUGUCAAAGUCAAAGGAUCGGAUACACCAUUAAGGUAUGAAGGUGAUAUUAAUGAGGAAUUGUGGUUUUGCUAGAUUUGGUAGGAGUAUAAACAUUUAUAUAAAUACAUCGUUGUUACAUUACAUGUAGAAAGUUGAAAAAGCUUGUUCACUUCUUUCACAAAUUUUUCAACAUAAUCAACAUGUAUUUUAAAUGUACAAGAGAUCCUGAACCCACUAUGGUUUUGUGCCA